AGUUAAUCGAUCGUUCGGGAAGAACGGGAAGAAGAAUAAAAAAAAAUGUUAUUGCACGCGGGUCAUUCUAGAGCUCCUUCAAGACGGCAUUGCACUUGGAGAUAGUUCGAUUUAUACCAAAGAGCGGCAGCGAAUUUAUGUUGAAGAGAAGCACAGCCGAUCAAUACGACAUGGUUCCGCGCCUGCAGCGUUGGUGUUAACAAAAGCAAACACAAGAAGCUCCGAGCAACGCCCACGCCGGACGUGCGCGUAUUAAUAGCGCGCACGGAAAAGUGAACUACAAAACAGAAACGCUUUCGAUUCUGUACAGACUGUAGUGGCUGAGCGAAUUGCAUCAGUUUCGUUUUCUCCCACGCGCCGCUAGAGGAUGCGGCGGCAGCCCGAAGAGGCUGCAAAGGCUAGCCUCGUCGCCACUGCCUCUCGCAACGGCGGCAGCAUUCUCUGCGCCGAGGGUAAGGCUUCCCCGACCGGGGCUGGAAGCGGCGGCCCCAUGGCGCACCGCCCGCCGCCCGAGGAACGGCUCUUGCCCAACGGGAACGUGUGUCACUUCGCAGGCUGUGGCUGCGACGGGGGCGAGAUUCGCGCCGCCCUCAAGGAGUGUGUGUCCAACAUGCGUCAGCAACAGCAGCAGAAUGUCUCCAACAACUGUUCAGCGCAGUGCGGCUGUCCGGUCCUCAUACGCGGCCACUGCGAACAUCAGGCAGCUCGAAAGCCGCUGAAAUCUCUGCUGAAGCGGCGUGACCCGAACCGGCCCCGACGAGGAUGUCGGGUCAGGUUCAGCGAUACGCUUACGGUAUUUUCCGAGGAGUACCCGGAGGCUCAGCUCUAUGUGGUGCGGACUGCGGAACUGACGUUUGCUGAAGUGUGUUCUAUGUACGAGCCUCCCCCGGAGUACCGGGACUUGUUACCGUUCGAGCCUCCGGACGGGUACCGGGACGAGAGCGGGUAUCUUGUGCCGUUUCGUAAGGAGGCGUCCGUGGAUGGAGAGGUGGGCAGGAUACCGCCCCCUCCUCCUUCUUUAGUCCCUCAGGGAAGGUUUCAAAAGGCUUCAUCCACGACACAGACGUCGGCUGGUGGGCAGGAGAAGGUAGGUGCUGAAAUUAAGGUGAUCGAGCCGACGAGGGUUCAGGUGGAGGUUGUGGAGAACAUCAAAGUUUACCUCGAGGAAGCGCCGGAGGAGCCUCCUCGUCAAAAGUCACCCCAGAAGGCGGUUCAUCCUCAGGUUGUUAAUGAAGUACAAACGCGUGAGCAGGAACUAAAGGUAGAUGACGUGCCUAAGGAAAACGUUAUGAGUACCACAGAAAACGAAACGAGAACUGAUAGUGUCGAAGCGGAACCCGUGGUCGAAGAGGAACCGUGCGUUGAAGACACGAAAGAAGACCCCGAAGUGUCUGGUAGCCCGCCCGUCAUCAUGGACGAAGACGAAGUCAUUUUAUUAGAGCUAAAGAAGCAGUUGGAGUGUAAUGGGGACAUGGAAGCUGACUUGUCAGAACUGCUUCCGCCUGGUCACGACCAGGACAUCCUUCUAGAAGGCACAAUGUGCGACAAGUCUCAGGACAAAGAAAUCAACAUAGAUGUGGAGGAACAAGAAGAAGAAGAAGACGAGAAAAUGUUAAACGAAGAAGGUCCUCCUCGGAUAAAGACGGAUGAUCGUCAAGAUGACAGCGAUUCCAGUGGCGACUCUCAAGACACUAUAAUACUGAUGACAGCGGAAGAGAGCAAAAAGAACGAAGAGCAUAUUCAGGAGAGCAACAGAAAGUACCAGGGAUUCCGGAGUCGAGUGCUCAUAGUAGGAGACAGAAGUCCUUCCGAUACGAGUUCUGUGUCCAGCUCAAACUCACAGGACAGCGAUGCUUCCAUCAGGUCUUCCGAGACGUCUUCCUCGCCGUCUUCUUCCACGACAGAAGAUCGGAGCGAGUCACCUUCUGGAAUUAUGAAAUGCACCAUAGAAGAUCUGUCCGAAGAAGACAUAUAUGGUGGUAUACCGUGCUCCAAUUCGGAAGUCCGAAAGACCAUAGAAAGAACUGCGAUGCGCAGAAGCUUGACACGGGUGACCGACGUGCGCAAGCGGUUCGUGUCCACUCCCAACCUUGCCAAGUCGCCGACAUCUUCCAGCGAAGUGUCUUCCUUAGUCGAGAAGCUGAGAUGGCUGACCUCGCUUGAAGACGAGAACCCGCCCGGGGAUCCCAAUAAUGGAGACACCGAAAGGAAAGGUCCCGUGGGAUCGUACUACGGCCCUCCUCAGGAAGCGUUCCUCCAGGACGCUGGUCGACCAUUACCCUCAAGUGCCUACACUCGUACGCACCCGUCGUUCUUCCAGAGGAACGGACUGGUCGGCCAGCAAAGACCCGCAUCCUUUUCCACCUUCAGUGAUGCCAGGGGAUCUCCUACUAUGGUACCGGUAGCCGCUCGAGAUUAUCGCAUGACCCGGCGAGUCCCUGGUGAGAACCAUCCCCAACAGAACCGCGUCCCGCCUCGUCCAUUACCACCCCAACCACAACAGCAAACACAACAGCCGCCUCAACAGCAACAACAACAACAACAACGAGCUCAACCACCGACACCGCCGCAGAAGCCAGCACAACCGCCCGCCAACCCGCCUGGUCAACAUGAUGAACUGGAACGUUUCGUGCAGCAAGACAUGGAGCGGACAGAACGAAUCCGAAAACGGUACAGUCUUUCGGAAGAGGAGGAAGACCCGUCUUUCGGAUUCGCCCGCCGCCCCUCAGUCCGAGGUAUACGACAGAGGUUCGGAUCGCAGACGGAGCUACCGAAGGACAUCAGCGGGCACCCGGCCAUCAACGUACCUGGAAGUCACCUGUCGUGGUCGCACCCGGUUGACCUCUCGCCAUUACCGCCGAAUCACAAGACGCCUCAACAGGUCAAAGUAAUGCUUCUGCCGCGAGUAGCUGAAGAAGAAACCCACACCUCGGGAGCGGACCGGAGAAGCUACGGUUCUGCUGGAGACAUCGCCACGUUAACACGCACACGACGCAUGUAUCCUCCGACGUCCUCAGCAUCUUCCGCAACGUCGACGACAGCUUCUAACGCCAAAGAUGAGCGAGGGGUACCUGAAGGCGCCAGUUCUCCCAAAGUGACCUCAGACUCUGUCUACCAUGUUCAACAGACAUUGACGCCGGCUGUCACGGAAACGCCUCAAGGAAUAGUCUACUACUCGUUGAAUGUCUGACGUGACGCAGGCUCGGUGCAGUGAGACUCUUAGGCUCCGUUUUAUCCUAUAGAGACCUCGAUAGUGUAUAAAUAAGGCCAUCGGAAUGGAUAUGUGUGAAACGCCUGUUUCGUUAGUAUUGCUCUGUGCCGCGUUGGCAUGUCAUGGAGCGUCGACAUCACCUGGUGAGAAGCCUGUGUAGCGAUGUGAAUAUUUUUAGUGGAACCGUUGUCCUUACGACUUUCGAUGGAUUUUAGGGUUAGCGAGUCUCUUAUUCUCUCUCGCUCCUAUUUAGCAGGGUGUUUUCAUUUUUUUAGUUUAAAAAAAAGCCGCAGAUCGAUCUUUGAACUCGGUGUGUGUACAUAGUACCCUAACGAAUUAUCUGAACGCGCAAGGUCAUUGGUGUGGUGUUUCCAAAGUGUUGCCACCGUAGAGGAUUUGUUGGCCGCGAGGCAUAGUCAACGUUAUUUGGAGCGGCGCCCCCUGUUUGCAGAAGUGAUUGUUGGUUGUGUACAUAUGUCGGGUUUUUUGAGAAAGAUAUGACGAGAGGACUUCACCGUGUACAGUUUCCGAGAGUUUUACGACCAGAAGGAAUAAAUGCGCGAUAUAUAAAGAGAUCCAUAAAUAUAUAUAUAAAUAUAUACAUAAAAUAUACAUGAUGUUGUUGGAAUAAACUAUAUAAAGUUCA